GGGAGCUGCCAGCCCUGCAGGGCGAGCAGUCGGCCCUGAGUUCACCCGGCCUCAGCGCGGAGCAGGAAAACUUCCAUUUCGCUCUCCUGGCUUUGAUCCUCCUUGGACAUCAGAGCCGAGGCGCCGAAGGGAGGGAGGAUGCGAAAUGAGUGGCGCUUUGGCAACCUGACCGUCUAUCUCCUCAGCAGAGCCUUCCACAGCGAGCUGGGCGCUGGCUGCACCACCCAGACUCGCCGUGCGCGCGCGAGUGAGCGAGUGAGCGAGCGGGUGUGCGUGCGUGAGUGAAGAGUGUGGAUGUGUGUGGAUGGGUGUGUGCACAUCACGACCGUGUGGGAGUGUGUCUGGAUGACUGUAUGCGUGUAUGCGUGAGUGUGUGUGUGUGUGUGUGUGCACUCCCGCGCGUGUGUGGGAGUGCUCUUGGUUAUUUUUUGGGAGAGAAGAAAAAUCUUGGAAAUCUGGGACAGGUUACCGGGUCCUACGGUGAUUCUUUUGCAAGAAGAGCUUACUGGAGCGAGCUUUCAGAGCCAUUUCUGUGUGGGUAAAGAGAUUUUCCUCCCAGAAGAAGGAUUUUUACCCAGCUCUGCAGCCCGGUAAGAGAUCAGCCCCUAAACCUGGGAAAUCGACCAGAGCCUGCCGUUCCCAGGGUUUGAGAAGGACUGGAGAAGAAAAGGAGAAAUUAAUCAAACAGCGUGUCAGUUCCUUCGGCCACAUUGGAAGAUGUCAUCUCAAACUAAGUUCAAGAAAGACAAAGAGAUCAUUGCCGAAUAUGAAGCCCAAAUAAAAGAGAUCCGCACGCAGCUGGUGGAGCAGUUCAAAUGCCUGGAGCAGCAGUCCGAGUCGCGGCUGCAGCUGCUUCAGGACCUUCAGGAGUUCUUCCGCAGGAAAGCUGAGAUUGAACUCGAAUACUCCCGCAGCCUGGAGAAGCUGGCUGAGCGGUUCUCCUCCAAAAUCCGCAGCUCUCGGGAGCACCAAUUCAAGAAGGACCAAUACCUUCUGUCACCAGUGAACUGUUGGUAUCUGGUCCUGCAUCAGACCCGGCGAGAGAGCCGAGACCAUGCCACGCUCAAUGACAUCUUCAUGAACAAUGUCAUUGUCCGCCUCUCCCAGAUCAGCGAGGAUGUCAUCAGACUCUUCAAAAAGAGCAAGGAGAUCGGCCUGCAGAUGCACGAGGAGCUCCUGAAGGUGACCAAUGAGCUGUACACAGUCAUGAAAACCUACCACAUGUACCAUGCGGAGAGCAUCAGUGCCGAAAGCAAGCUGAAGGAGGCCGAGAAGCAGGAGGAGAAGCAGUUCAACAAGACGGGUGAGCUCAGCAUGAACCUGCUGCGGCAUGAGGACAGGCCCCAGCGCCGCAGCUCUGUGAAGAAGAUUGAGAAGAUGAAGGAGAAGAGGCAAGCAAAGUAUUCUGAGAACAAGCUGAAGUGCACAAAGGCCCGGAAUGACUACUUGCUCAACCUGGCAGCCACCAACGCAGCCAUCAGCAAAUACUACAUCCAUGAUGUCUCUGAUCUCAUUGAUUGCUGUGAUCUGGGCUUUCAUGCCAGCCUGGCCCGCACCUUCAGGACCUACCUCUCUGCUGAGUACAACCUGGAAACCUCUCGCCACGAAGGGCUGGAUGUCAUUGAGAAUGCAGUGGACAACCUGGACUCCCGCAGUGACAAACACACAGUCAUGGACAUGUGCAACCAGGUCUUCUGUCCUCCACUCAAGUUCGAAUUCCAGCCCCACAUGGGGGAUGAGGUGUGCCAGGUCAGUGCCCAGCAACCUGUCCAGACAGAACUGCUCAUGCGGUACCACCAGCUGCAGUCCAGGCUGGCCACGCUCAAGAUCGAGAAUGAGGAGGUUAGAAAGACCCUGGAUGCCACCAUGCAGACCUUACAAGACAUGCUGACCGUGGAGGAUUUCGAUGUCUCAGAUGCUUUCCAACACAGCCGGUCCACAGAGUCUGUGAAGUCAGCCGCCUCUGAGACCUACAUGAGCAAGAUCAACAUUGCCAAAAGGAGAGCCAACCAGCAGGAGACAGAGAUGUUUUAUUUUACAAAAUUUAAAGAGUAUGUGAAUGGCAGUAACCUUAUCACCAAGCUCCAGGCCAAGCAUGACCUACUCAAGCAGACGCUGGGCGAAGGGGAAAGAGCAGAAUGUGGCACCACCAGCAGACGAGAUGGAAGGCUUAGGCUGCCCCACUUCCCCUGGCUGAGCUGUCCCCCUGCUCCCCACUUCCUGCCCCACCCAGCACUUCAAGGAAGAAGAAAUGCUCGAACCAGGAACCAGGAUUCAGGACAAGCUAUACCACUUGUAGUUGAGAGCUGCAUCAGAUACAUCAAUUUAUAUGGACUUCAGCAGCAGGGGAUCUUCAGAGUGCCAGGAUCUCAGGUGGAAGUCAAUGACAUCAAAAAUUCCUUUGAGAGAGGUGAAGACCCGCUUGUGGAUGAUCAAAAUGAGCGAGAUAUCAAUUCAGUUGCUGGUGUUUUAAAACUGUAUUUCCGAGGACUGGAAAACCCACUCUUUCCUAAGGAAAGGUUUCAAGAUUUGAUAUCUACUAUUAAACUGGAGAACCCAGCUGAGAGGGUGCACCAGAUCCAGCAAAUCCUCGUCACCCUGCCCCGUGUGGUCGUCGUGGUCAUGAGAUACCUCUUUGCUUUCCUCAACCACCUCUCCCAGUAUAGCGACGAGAACAUGAUGGAUCCCUACAACCUGGCCAUCUGCUUCGGGCCCACCCUCAUGCACAUCCCUGAUGGGCAGGACCCUGUGUCCUGCCAGGCACACGUCAAUGAAGUCAUCAAAACCAUCAUCAUCCAUCACGAAGCCAUCUUCCCCAGCCCCCGGGAACUCGAGGGACCCGUGUAUGAAAAAUGCAUGGCUGGAGGGGAAGAGUAUUGUGACAGCCCACACAGUGAGCCAGGGACCAUUGAUGAAGUUGACCAUGACAAUGGCACGGAGCCUCACACUAGUGAUGAAGAAGUAGAGCAAAUCGAAGCCAUUGCGAAGUUUGAUUAUGUGGGGCGGUCCCCACGUGAGCUGUCCUUCAAGAAGGGGGCCUCACUGCUCCUGUACCACCGUGCCUCAGAGGACUGGUGGGAGGGCCGUCACAAUGGCGUGGAUGGACUCAUCCCUCAUCAGUACAUAGUUGUACAGGACAUGGACGAUGCCUUCUCUGACAGCUUGAGCCAAAAGGCUGAUAGUGAGGCCAGCAGUGGGCCGCUGCUGGAUGACAAGGCCUCCUCCAAGAACGACCUCCAGUCCCCCACGGAGCACAUCUCAGACUACGGCUUUGGGGGUGUGAUAGGCCGAGUGCGGUUGAGAUCGGAUGGAGCGGCCAUCCCCAGGCGUCGAAGCGGGGGUGACACACACAGUCCACCCCGGGGCCUGGGCCCCAGCAUAGACACACCACCCCGGGCCGCCGCCUGCCCCAGCAGCCCCCACAAAAUGCCCCUCAGCCGGGGGAGGAUGGAGAGCCCUGAGAAGAGGAGGAUGGCAACGUUUGGGAGCGCUGGCAGCAUCAACUACCCUGACAAGAAGGCUCUCUCAGAAGGGCACUCGAUGCGGUCCACCUGCGGCUCCACCCGGCACAGCAGCCUAGGGGACCACAAGUCCCUGGAGGCCGAGGCCCUGGCAGAAGACAUCGAGAAGACCAUGAGCACCGCUCUACAUGAGCUGCGGGAACUUGAGAGGCAGAACACAGUCAAGCAGGCACCAGAUGUGGUGCUGGACACCCUGGAGCCCCUGAAGAACCCACCAGGCCCCAUCAGCUCGGAGCCUGCCAGUCCCCUGCACACCAUUGUCAUCCGCGAUCCUGAGGCUGCCAUGCGUCGCAGCAGCAGCUCCUCCACUGAGAUGAUGACCACCUUCAAGCCUGCCCUGUCUGCCCGGCUGGCUGGUGCCCAGCUGCGCCCACCUCCCAUGCGGCCAGUGAGACCAGUGGUCCAGCAUCGGUCCAGCAGCAGCAGCAGCUCAGGCGUGGGCAGCCCAGCUGUGACACCCACUGAGAAGAUGUUCCCCAACAGCACCUCGGACAAGUCGGGCACCAUGUGAUCUGGUGGAAGAGCAGCAUCGCCCUGGCUUACUGUGGUGCACCAUGGCUUAGGGUAGCUUCGGUGGCUGCCGCUCGCUUCCCAGCGAUCCUGGCCUUGGAGGGCGGAGCCCAGGAGGUCAGCUUGGGAGAGCUCAUGUCAGUGGAGAGCCGAGGCCCAGGCGUUAGCUGCAGCUCACAUUCAGCCAUGUGAAUCCACAGACCUCUCGUGUGCAAGCAGACACCCUGAGGAAUGCUAGAGCGAGAGCAGCCCCAAGUACAGCUUCCUUGAACUGAGGCAGAAUGCUAGAUGUCGUCUCGGCAUACCAUCACUGGAAGAUUAGUCUCUCCACAGUCUUUCUACAUACGUGUAUAUGUGUGUGUAUAUACAUGUGCAUACAUAUGCAUAUAUACGUAUGCAUGUGUCUGUAAGUGUGUGUGUAUAUAUAUAUUUAUGCAUCUAUAUACAUAUACUAGAUCUGGACAUACACACAUGCUAAAUGUAUAUAGUAUUACCUUUUUCUUUUUAUGAAACUUAGAUUUACCUCAGACCCAUGCCACCAAACAUCUCCCACUGAGUUAUUUGGUGGGAUUUGCAGGGACUUCUCUGGGAGGACUUAGAGGCCCCACAGUAACUGCGAAUGAAGCAAUAUACCACUAACCUGCAGAAAAAGUCUCCCACUGUCUCCAGAAGUUGUGGCCUUCCAGAACAGUCUGCCCCUACAGGAAGGGUGGGGCAGGCGGCACCCCAAGCAGGCUGCUCCUAGAAGUGGGGAACCCUUUCCAGAAAACCCUUAGUUCACCCCAGAGACCUUGCCCUCCCACCCAGAGGCCAAGGGCCAACUCUACCCCAGAAGGCAUGGGAGGAGGCUGGCGAGAAGAGCCCUGCCCACAACAUCCUCGUGUUCUUGUGUAGAGCAGGAACCACAGGGAGAACCUGAGCCCUUUCCCAGUACAGUGGUUGGGAAAAAGGAAAAAGAGGAAAAAAAAAAUACCGUGGUGUGGAAUACUUCCAAUCUUAGAAAUCUGUAGGAAUAAAUCUGUGGUAACUAUAGAGGUUUAACUUAUAUCAUCUUCAAAAUAUUUAAUUUUUCUUUUCCCAGUUCUACUAAUUAUACUGUGUCAGACUUUGAACUAAACAGGCAAGGAGGCUUUGAGACGCAUUGUUUUCAUUUGAAACCAAAUGUAUGCCCUUUGGCCCUUGCCCUCCUGCAUGAAGCUUGUGAGCCCGAAGUGCCCAGUUGGGGCCAGAUGCUGUGGAGGGGUGACCCUGGGCACUUUCUCUGCUAGAGGACACUGCUGGCUGAGUUCCUGCAGCGGCAGUAGCUUUCCACCCUCCCUCCUCUCCCCUUUUAUCCACUCCCUUCAGAGCAUUUACUGUAAAUGAAAAUACGGUGAUAGGCACAGAGGCAUGAUUUUCAAGUAAAAUGGGCAAGAUUUUUGCCUCUUGGCAAAAAGGCCUUGCUCUCAUUUGAUUCCAUUUUACCUCCUUUUGUGAUCUCUCUGUUUUCCAGAUAUAGGCUAUUUUUGAACAGUGGAACCCAGAUAGGUCUGAGCCUACUGGGACCACUUUCAUUUACUCUCUCCUGUCAAGCCAAGGUCUCUUUCCCUAUUGUUCUCAGGCUUCGUCUCUCUCUCUCUCUCUCUCUCUCUCUCUCUCUCUCUCUCUCUGGACCUCUCAGAUGUGGAGUCCCAAGUCCAGAGUUUUCAAGUCCUAUCCCUGUUCACUUAGGAGCUGUGUGACUUUGGGUGCAUCUUGCACCUCAUGGAGCUCACUUUUCUGCCCCAUUAAACGAGGAUAACAAAGAUCGGGUGGAAGUAAGCCAGCUGGGUAGAGUGGAAAGCACUGCGCCACCUUGAUCGCUCCUGUUAUCAUUAGGAAGGAGAGUCUUUUAGAUCCAAAACCAUCCAGACCUUCUUUUCUGAAAUGAUUCAUGGAAUUUUCCUGCCAACUUACUCAGAGCCCAAAGCACAGCUCUGCAGGUGCUUGAAAUUACAUCCUUAGCAUUUCUACCCUUUGGAUCAGGACCUCUCCUCUGGUCCUCCAUUAAAAGGUAAACACAUCCCAAGAGAGAGACCUAGUGAGCCCUGAUACCUGGGUGCGGGAGUGGAAAGCCAUCCUGCCUCCUCUGGAAGGCUGGUGCUGAGCCCACCCCAUGGAAGGAGAACUCAGGGAAGGGCACAUAUGAGGGUGCCAGGGAGCACCUCAGGAUGGAUGCAACCUCUUGUUUUGCCUAGGGCAAUCAACACUUUUGCUUUUACCUCCUGGAUCUGAAAGGCCCUCUGCCUUUAAGCACAGGAAGGUAUCCCCACUUCCCAGAGAGUCAGGCCUGGAACCUAUCCACAAAGCGACAGAUGGCUGUGAGGCUGGGCUGAGUCAGGUUCGAAAAGUCAAUCAUUUGCCAGGAUGCUGUGCUAUCCAGCUAGACACAAGACUUCUCAUUUCCACCCCAGAGAUAUACCCAGACUUUAAAUCCAAUCACCCCCAGGUGAAAUUUUGCCAUGGAUAUUAGACGAAAAGUAAAAAUUUGAGUGGGCAAAUGUGUUGUGUGACAUACAUGACACCAGUCAGGCUGUGCAGACUUUUCCCUGACUUAACUGAUUUUGCUUUUCCUCACUGACAGUGGACCCUUGUUUCCCCGAAAUACCUGAAAGCAGAGCCUUAGCUGUUUUCUUUAGGCACCUAUUUUCUUUCCACUGGGAAUGGCUGGUGAAUCUGCAUUGCAGGGUGUGAGCUCACAGAUGGCAGAUGCCUCCCCACAGGCCCAGCCUGAGAACCCAAGCCUUGAUGCAGAGCAGUGGAAAGAUGCUCUCCCAGCCACGCCCUCACCAGCGCUCUGCAUGUCUCCACCCUCCACAUCACGCCCCACCACGUCCAUGGAGCACUGGCAUUCUCUUCCAACUCCUGCCUGUUUUAGUCCACUUAUAGUGCUGUAUUUGCUUAAAUGCUGGAAAGUAACUGUUAAAAUGUGAAACUGUAAUUUUUUAAAGGCUACGAUUAAAUUAUAGCCAAUGCCACUUACCAAAUCUUUGCACCUAGUAGAUAGAUCAAUGUAAAAACAAAUACCAGAAACCUAACUGUACAGUAAGUGUGGGGGAAAUGUAGUAACCUAGUUAGUAGUCCUCAAUAUAACCAAUUGUACAAGGGGAAGUGGUGUUUACCUACUUGUUCAUCACCAUUAUUGAAAGCUGUACUGAUCAGCUAGUUUAUAACGGGCAUUUGGGCGGGGGGCUUUACAGAACGAUUUCCUAACCUUCAACUUAUCCCUAGGUCAAGCCUUUGUCUUUCUGUAUAACUGAUGUUCAGUCUGUUUGAGGAAUGAACCAGCAAGAUGUUCAUUUAAAACUGACCAAAGACAAUUAAUUCCUGGUCUAGUUUCCUGGGUCUCCUGGCCCCGGCUGCCACUAAAGACCUUUCUGGGAUAAAAUUGAGAACAAGCCGUGCUUCCACACCCACUGUCCCUCCCUGCCCUCCCUCACUUCCUUUUCCUCUUAAAGUGCUGCUCUGAGCGGUGGGAUUCUAUGAAAAAUUCUUGCCUUUCCUUGUUUUCAGUGCUAACGAUUUCUCACCUUGAAGCGCCUUUUGAACCCUGGGCAGAGCACACAAUCAGAGGGAAUUGUGGGCUUGGGAAUUAGACUUGGGAGUCUUUUCUCUGAAGUCAUCAAGGCCAGGAGAGAAAUGGAUUCCCAAGGGAUGAAAGGUUUCUACAUGUGAAGAAAUUGGAAUGGAAAGAGACACAGGGAAUCUUAGCCAUCCUUCGGCUACCGGCUGGAACCAGCAGUUCAGAGAUUUGCCUUAUAAACAUUUAAAACUGGCUUUGGUACCCAAAAGGGAGCCGGUGUGGGGCCAGACUUCCUGCUCUGCCGGCCUCCUUGGAGUGCCUUGGUUGGUAUAUCUCUCUCGUUCAGGAGGCGUGGAUGCGUGCAGAGGACUUCUCAUGACCUGGUCAUGCACGCCACACACAAAGAAGACCACAGGACUAACACAAUAGUUCCUCCUCUCCGUCUCUCUCUACUCACUUUUCACACAUCAGAUGGUUCCACACUAGAGCAAAGGCCUUCUUCCGAGGAGCCCAGAAAGAGCCCUUGCAGCGGUGGCUGUGGCGGUGGCUGUGGCCCUGCCAGGUGGGGAGGGAAAGGUGUUGGGGAGGAAAGGCAGGAAGGGGUGAGCAGGUGUUGCUUGGCUAAUUUUCUGCUGUGCAGAGUGAAUGCUGACAUUUCACGUCAACUUUCCCACCUCUCUGGGGCCUCCUCUCUUCUGAGCAGCCAUGUAGAGAAUUUCCCACACACCCAAAGCUGCCGGGGGAGCUGAGAAAGAGACUUUGCUGUCAGGUCUGGUCCCGGCCCCUCGAUCUGCCAGGGUCCCAUUAUCCCACCCUUUAGGACCUCCCUGUGGCCAUUGCUGCCCCUAGCCGACACUUCCUGUCUGUGUGAACUGUCCCAGGCAAAUAGCAAAGCUGUUCCUUGAACCUGAACAACCCGAGUGCACUUUUCUUCCUCAGACAGAAGCCGACCCUGGCUGGAGUUCUGCUCAGGCCCACGUUCCCGGCAGUGUGACUGUUUACAUGGUUUGGCAGCAGGUUUGGUUCUGAUUGCUUCAGAGUGGCUGGUCGAUUUUGUUUCCUUUGAUUUCCUUCCUCCCCAAAUCGUGACAGGAAAAACAAACCGAAACCGCCCUAGGAAAUUGCUGGUUGCCUGUCCCUAGGUGAAGAUAAGUGUCGCCCUCUACUGGGUCUUGUUUCUCUACCUUCCAACCAAACGCCCGUCCUCCUAUAGAGUGUCUGAUUGGAUCCUCUGUUGAGUAUUCUGAUGGUGCCUGCUGAUUUGACGUGGAGCUAUCCUGUGAAAUAAAACAGCUUAACUUUUCUCAAA